AUGACUGAUUUGAAAAAGGGACUUGACGCUGGGGGUCAUUGCCUUCUGGAAAUGCCUUCAGGGACAGGAAAAACCGUAUCCCUUCUUUCUUUAAUUGUGGCCUAUCAAAUGUAUCAUGCAAAAGAAAACAGAAAACUAAUAUAUUGUUCAAGAACAGUACCAGAAAUUGAGAAAGCAUUAACAGAACUAAAAAAUCUAUACGACUUUCGUCAAAAGAAUGGCAAUAAAGAGAAAUUUCUUGGGAUUGGAUUAACUUCGAGAAAAAACCUGUGUUUACAUCCUUCAGUUAGCAAAGAAAAAAAAGGUAAAGUUGUUGAUGCACGCUGUCGAAAUAUAACAGCAUCAUGGGUCAGAGAGAAAGCAAAAAGUUCUUCAAAUGUGGAGCUAUGUAGUUUUUAUGAGGCACUUGAAGCUGCAGAUCAAAAUAAAUUGCUGCCAUAUGGUAUUUACACACUCGAAGAGCUUAAAGCACGAUGCCAAGAAGAGGGAUAUUGUCCAUAUUAUUUAGCAAGACGAUUGAUUUCGGCUGCAAAUGUUGUAAUAUAUAGUUACCAUUACCUGUUAGAUCCGAAAGUAGCUGAUCUGAUAUCAAAAGAAUUAUCUAAAGAAGCAAUUGUAGUAUUCGAUGAGGCUCACAAUAUAGAUAAUGUAUGCAUAGAGUCUUUGAGCAUUGAUAUUACUAAGCCUAUGUUAGAUUCAAGCGCUAGAAGUAUCAAUGAACUUACAGAAGUAGUUCACCAAAUAAAGCAGACUGAUGCGCGAAAAUUGCAAGCAGAAUAUAAAAAACUGGUCGAUGGAUUAAAGGAUGCAAGGCAAAACAGAGAUGAAGAUAUGUUUAUGACCAAUCCUGUUCUGCCGGAAGACUUGUUAAACGAGGCCGUCCCUGGUGCUAUAAGACGUGCUGAACAUUUUGUUGCCUUUCUUCGGCGCUUUGUUGAAUAUAUUAAAACGCGCAUGCGAGUACAAAAUGUGGUAGCAGAAACACCGGCAUCGUUUCUUCAGCAUUUAAAAGAUGUUACAUUAAUAGAAAAAAAACCUUUAAGUGAGCGCCUAACAUCGUUAGUACGAACGUUAGAAUUGACUAAUCUCGAUGAAUAUAAUGCUUUGCAAAAAAUAGCGGCUUUUGCCACUCUUGUAGCGACAUAUGAUAAAGGUUUCUUGUUGAUUUUGGAACCUUUUGAAUCGGACCUAGUGCCUAAUCCCAUCCUUCAUCACGCGUGCCUCGAUGCUUCAAUUGCAAUUAGACCCGUAUUUGAGCGUUUCAAAUCAGUUAUCAUUACAUCAGGAACAUUAUCCCCUCUCGACAUGUAUCCAAAAAUUCUUUCUUUCCAUGCUGUCAUUCAAGAAAGUUAUUCUAUGACGCUUACACGAACUUGCUUUCUGCCUCUGGUUAUCACAAGAGGUAGUGAUCAAGUUGCAAUAAGCUCCAAAUUUGAAGUUCGAAAUGACCCAGCAGUUGUUCGCAAUUUCGGACAGAUUCUUGUAGAAUUUGCCAAAAUAGUCCCAGAUGGAAUUGUUGCUUUCUUCCCGAGCUAUCUUUAUAUGGAAUCAAUUGUAGCAAUGUGGCAUGAGAUGGGAAUCUUGAAUCAAGCAUGGAAACACAAAUUAAUAUUUGUAGAAACUCCUGAUGCAGCCGAAACAAGCUUAGCUUUAGAAAGCUACAGAAUGGCUUGCGAUAAUGGUCGUGGAGCAAUUCUUCUUUCAGUCGCACGGGGUAAAGUAUCCGAAGGUAUAGACUUUGAUCAUAAUUAUGGAAGAGCAGUACUAAUGUUUGGCCUGCCUUAUCAAUAUACCGAAAGUCGUAUUCUCAAAGCACGGUUGGAAUUUCUACGCGAUAAUUACCGUAUAAGGGAAAACGAUUUUCUUACAUUUGAUGCAAUGAGACAUGCAGCUCAAUGUGUAGGACGGGUUUUGCGUGGAAAAACGGAUUAUGGUCUAAUGAUAUUUGCCGAUAAGAGAUUUGGUCGUGCCGAUAAACGAGCCAAACUACCAAAGUGGAUCAAUCAUUACAUAACCGAAGCCAAUACCAAUCUUUCAACUGAUAUGGCUUUGGUUAACGCGAAAAAAUUCCUUAGGCAAAUGGCUCAGCCUUUUGAACAUAGUCAUGAUUCGUUAUGGACUGAAGAAGAUAUAAGAGCGAAACAGAUUGCUCAAAGUUCAAGAAAUGGUAUUUUUACUACCAUAGGAAAACAACCACGAACAACAAGAUGA